UGAGUAUAAAGAGCCGUGUCUUUCACGUUUUGUGUGGAAUUACUGUAACUCUUCCGAGACCUGUGAGUGUGCAUGCUUCGAAUUUCACUGAGCGCUGGUAACCAUACCUCGAGCCGUUUCAAGUGGUCUCGCAGCAAAAGCUUUUUUUUUUGAGAAAGCAGACAUAAAGGAGAUCCUUCCCGGAAGGAUUCGUGGACUCACAAGUCAUGUUCAAGUUUCUGGUGGUUUUCGCCGUUCUGUUAGCCGUUGCUCAAAGCGCGCCUGUGGACGAGCAAGGCGUGGCUGCAGAAGCCGAAAAUGUCGGCGAAGAGACUAAGCCAGGACUUCCGUCACCAUCCGGGCAAUCUCCCGCACAAGGAGACGAAGUCUUAGAAGCAGCAGCUCAAGGUCCGUCUGAAGAACAACCUUCAGAAGAAGAACAGCCACAGCCAGCACCGCAAGAACCUGGAGAACCGGAGUCAGCAUCACAAGAGCCAGAAGGACCCGAACCAGCUGCACCAAGUGCAGACGAGUUAGAGUCAGGUUCGGAAGGUUCUGGUGAACCUGAACCGGAACUUCCUCCCGAUGCGAGAUCCGUUCCUGCUGCUGAGGUUGGGAGCGAACUCGCGAACAAGCCCGUCGGUCAGUUCCCGCAAGGACAUGCAGCCGUCGGUCCCGUCGCUGGAGUUUUGACCGGAGGACCUGUACCAGGAGCUGCAAUCCCUCCAGUUGCAGGUGCCGUACCCGUGGCAGGUGCACCUCUUCCAGUACCCGUCGCUGGAGUUUUGACAGGAGGACCUGUGCCAGGAGCUGUAGUUCCUCUAGCAGCAGGUGCCGUACCUGCGGCCGGCGCACCUCUUCCAGCGCCCGUAGUGCCGGUUGCUGGCACAGUACCCGUAGCAGCGGGAGGUGCCGAAGUAGUUCACCAGGAACACGCUCAACAGGAAGGUGCUGAACAACAUAACUUCCAGUCGUCGGAGCAAGCAGGCGCUCAAGGAAGUGGCGCUUUCGCGCAAGGUGCCGAGGCUAAAGAGGUCCACGGUUUUGUCCAUCAGGAAGGCUUUAGGAACACGGGUGGUUUCGAACACGAAAGUAAGAACCAGUGGGGAUCCGGUAACUUUCAAGGCAGUGCUGGACACGCCCAAGAGAGCAGUGGUGAGGAACAGAGCUACGGCGUUGCAGCUCAUGGUACAAACUACGGUGUGCACGGCAAUCCAAACGCACUGAAUGCUCUAAACUACGGCUUCGUGCCCUAGCAAGAACGUAUUCAUGCGGGACCUUGUGGAGCAGCAUCGUUGCGACACGUAUAGACACAGCAUGGAAAACUUAUACUUCACCGUUAUUUAUGCGAACUUGAUGAAACAUAGUGGUAAUAAAAAGAAAUUUAUGAAAAAAAGUA